CCUUGAUGCUCUGAGUCUCCUCCAAGCUUACGCGGGAACUGUCUGCCUGUAUUACCGGUAAAGUAGCUAACUCAUUUACUAUCUGCUAAAAUGGCACCCAAGAAGGACGCUAAGGCGGCACCCGCCAAGAAAGCCGAACCGGCAAAGGCAGCUGCACCCGCACCCGCACCAGAGCCUGAGGUGGUGGCCGCCCCCCCCGCACUCGACUUGUCCACAGUCAAGGUGGAGUUCACUCCCGACCAGCAGGAGGACUACAAGGAGGCUUUCGGUCUCUUCGACAGGGUGGGUGACGCAAAGGUGGCUUACAACCAGGUCGCUGAUAUCAUGCGCGCCCUGGGACAGAACCCCACCAACAAGGAGGUGCGCAAAGUCCUGGGCAACCCUUCCGAUGAGGACAUGGCCGGCAAGAGAUUAGAGUUCGAGGCCUUCCUCCCCAUGCUCCAGCACAUCGUCAAUGACCCAAACAAGGGAACCUUCGAUGACUACGUUGAAGGUCUGCGCGUCUUUGACAAGGAGGGCAAUGGCACCGUGAUGGGGGCUGAGCUGCGUAUUGUCCUUGGAACACUGGGUGAGAAGAUGACCGAGGCUGAGAUUGAUGCCCUCAUGCAGGGACAGGAGGACGAGAACGGCAGCAUCAACUUUGAAGCCUUUGUCAAGCACAUCAUGUCUAUUUAAGGAUCCUCCGGCUGCAGUGGCUAACGAGGAAGCUAACGUGUUAUCUGCAGACCCAAUGGUGUCAGGACAUCCAGUCCCCACUGUUAGUCAACAACCACCUGAGGAACAAGCAGGGGGAUAAAGGACUAUGAGAUGUCAUUUCUAAACCGUUACUUUUUUUCAUUCUUUUUUUUUGGUCUGACUCCGACCUUCGACUCUCCGCUCUCUAUUCUCCUCCAUUAGAAGCUGUCCUUUCUUUUCAACCACCAAACAGCAGAUGCUCUUGUUGUCUUGUCCCCCGCCAUCUUGGCGGGGUAUGCCUCUCCACCGUGGGUCGGUGAAGGAACGGGGGUAGGGAGGGGCUACCCAUUCCAUCCCUUACUUGCUGCCUGGAUUGGGCCAGUAGAGGUCUGGCUUUGCUCUAGACUGGCCAUCAAAACUCACUCUCCCCUAUGGCUUAAUUAAUUUUUCUCCUCCGCUAUUUCACAAAAUAAACUUUUCAAAAACCCCCCGGUGUCGCGGCUCUUAUUCUUUGCUCUGCGGGAGAGUGCGAAGAGUGAGACUGUGUCCCAAAUGGCACUCUAAUCCCUAUAUAGUGCACUAGUUUUGACUAGAGCCCAAUAGGGUGCCAUUUGGGACUCAUCCUUAGUGUAGCUAUAGGGGAGAAGUUAAAACAUACAAACACUGGUGGUGGCCCAGCAGUCCAAAUGUUCAUAUUCUUGUUGCCUCUGAAAGAAUGAUUAAAAUAUUUUAAAAACA